CUCUUUUCACGGAAGAGGGAGACCGGAUGAUCGGUGACCAAAACCACCGCGACAGACCGAAGGAGAAGGACGAGCCGGACUCACAAAAACUGAGGAGAGGGGAACAGAAACGGAAAUGGGACCGUGGUUCUCCUGAUAACAACGGUGGAACGGCAGCGGAACCCGGCCGACCCGCGGACCUUGGGGAGGACAGUCACAGGGCACAGACAUGGCCCACGUAGGCAACGGAGCGGCGGCCGAGGAGGAGGACUGCUUUGAAGAUGCCUACGACAGGAUACCUGCGGCGUGUCAUAUGGACUUGCAGACAGCCAUCCAGGAGACUCAGUGUGCUCUCAAUCUGGUCCUCAACAACAAGUUCUCUGAAGCCCUGGACCUCCUCAAACCAUGGUGGAGGCACAGCAUGUACCAUGCGCUGGGUUACAGCAGCAUCCUGGUGAUGCAGGCCACCAUGACGUUUGAACACAGAGACAUCCAGACUGCCAUGGCAACCAUCAAGGAGGCGUUACACACCUGUCAGAGGUUCAGGAAGAAGAACUCGAUGGUUGGAUCUCUGUCCAGUCUGAUCAGCAAGCAGUCCAACCUGCAGGAAGAGGAGAUGCAUGCAGAGAUCUGCUACGCCGAGUGUCUGCUGCAAAAAGCCACGCUGACAUUUGUACAGGAUGAGAACAUGAUCAGUUUUAUAAAAGGAGGCAUCAAGAUUCGGACAAGCUACCAAAUCUACAAGGACUGUCAGAAUGUGCUGAAUGUCACUCAGGACCCGGCCGGCCAGUCUGAUUCGUUCAGACAGUUUGAGGGCGGAGUCAAACUGGGCAUCGGGUCCUUCAACCUGAUGUUGUCUCUCCUCCCUCAGAGGAUUCUGAGGUUGCUGGAGUUCAUCGGAUUCUCAGGAAACAGGGAGUUUGGUUUGUCUCAGCUGCGAGAGGGGGCCUCCAGUCACAGUCUGCGGUCGAUCCUCUCUGCUCUGACUUUGCUCUUUUACCACACAUACGUUUCACUGAUACUUGGAACUGGUGAGGGGAACCUGGUGGAGGCUGAAGCACUGCUGGAGCCGUACCAACACAAAUACCCCAAAGGCUCCAUUAUUCUCUUCUACUCUGCUCGAAUCGCCACGCUGCGAGGAAACUUCGAGAAGGCCCGGGCCAGAUACGAGGAGUGUAUCAGCAGCCAGCAGGAAUGGAAGCAGAUCCACCACCUGUGUUACUGGGAGCUGAUGUCGACCCACUCCUACCAGCAGGAGUGGCAGCAGGCGUACCGCUACGCCGACCUGCUGUGCAAGGAGAGCCGCUGGUCCAAGGCUAUCUAUGUGUACCAGAAGGCAGCCAUCCUCAGCAUGAUGUCAGAAGAGGAAGUGAAGAAGACGGGGGAGGACAUUGUUGACCUCUUUAGGCAGGUGGAAGGGCUGAAACAGCGCCUGGCCGGGAAGUCGAUCCCGACGGAGAAAUUUGCAGUGAGGAAGUCCAGACGCUACAAAGCUGCUAACCCCAUCCCCCUGGUCCUCCCUGCGCUGGAGAUGAUGUAUGUUUGGAACGGUUUCACCAUCGUAGGGAAGAGAUCCGACUGUACCGAGGCCGUGCUGGUUACCAUCGAGGCGGCCGAGGAGCAGCUACGCAAUGACCCCAACCCAUCAGAGUUUCAUCCAGAUGACAGCUGUCUGGUCCAGAUGUUGAAGGGACUCUGUCUGAAACACCUGGGCAGGCUGCUGCAGGCUGAGCUCUGCUUCACACAGGUCUUGUCCAGCGAGAGUCGGAUCAGAUACGAUCACUACUUGAUUCCCUUCACUCUCUAUGAGUUGGGCCUCCUGUAUAAACAACAGGGAGAUUUCAGCAAGGCCACCACAUACAUUGAAAAUGCCAAGACGAACUACAAGGACUACUCCAUGGAGUCCAGACUGCACUUCAGGAUCCAUGCGGCCCUCAACAGCCUCAAAGGAUCCCCCGUGGGCACCCCGUAAUACUCAAAAUGACUCAGACUGCGGCUGGAAACAACAGUGUAUGAAACAUGGGUCCAGGGAGUCCCCUCACAAUUCAGAUGAAGUGAAUGAAUCCGCUGUGACCGCCGCUUAGUGGAGAAGCGUAGGUGUGUCGGGGGUUUGAGAUCACAUGUCCACGUGGACCCGUUUUUUCUUCUUUGCUAGCAACCUCUAUUUAAUUUUGUCGUAUUAUUUCCUUAUUUAUUUUUUCCAUAGCCUUGAACGAUGAGAUUAUUUAAACUCGUACCUCUUCUCGAACGGGCUCGGGCUUCCCGUGAGCUUCUGCCGGAGGUUUUAUUGGCGGAUGCGGAGCCAUGGUUCACGGUUCUGACAUGGUCUGUUACUACGAAACAAAUCAUGGCCUUAAACGAAGGUUACAACUCAUCGGAAGACCUUUGCUCACGAUACACAUGUAUAUUUUCAGCAUAGAAUCGUAAAUAUUGAUAGACUUCAGGUUGAAAAGUGAUGAAAGCUCUGACGAGUGUUUCUAUGUUAACAGCAGGGAGAGAUGUGUGUGUGCUUUAUAUUUUCUUUACUAUGCCUUUUUGAUUUCCUAAUAAUGCGUCAUGCCACACGUGCACAUAGUACACGAGUGUGUCCGUGCACAUGCAGUCACAGCCUUCUCACCAUCUGUGGCUUAUACAAACACACACACACACGCAUACGGUACACAAACGCAGCGCAGUACACCCAUUCCAAGCUUGCACAUGCCGGGCAUUAUGCACACCGAAAACAAACACACACUUAAAUGGCUGUAAACGCACACGUUUAGCAGCGAUAUGAAAGAACUCGUGCUGUUACUAAGUCAGUCAGCUUCUCAGUCCAUAUGUCAGUCAGUGUGUGCCCAUGUUCUGCAAACCGUUUUAGUUCUUUUAUUUGUCAGAGGCCGAGCAGCUUUCGAGGCAGUAGUGAUCUCUUUCCAGAACUGUUGGCUCUCAAAAGAGCCGAGAGUGAGAUUUCAGGAGGUUUUGCAAGUUGCUUUUGGAGUGUGAAAUGUAAAAGGAGUCAAUCAGCGUGAGAACGAUCACUCAGCUGUCUCUUUUCAAGUGGAGCGCCACUGAUUUUCCACAUCAGCGUGUCUCCAGGUGUUGGGGAGCACUACUACAUGCGUGAAAAAAGAUGUGUGGGGUCUGCGAAGCAUCCUCAGGUUAUGUCGCUACAGUCAGCGUCAGUUGGGUCUGAAGACUACAAGAUAGGAAAAAAUCUGGGGGUGUGGAGCUGGAACGAAGUCUGUCUGACUCCAUCACGAGUCAGACGGUGUUGUAGGAGUGUAAUGGUCACUCUUUGAAACGAGUACUCUCACACUAGAAAGUGCCAAUUAGGGAACGCGUUGGGGAACUACUGUAAGUGGCAAACUAACCACUAAUCUCAAAGGUCAACACUGUCAAGACAGUUUGCUACUGGUCAACUGCACACAUCUGCGUGUCAAAGUUCACCAGAGUUGAUUUACUUCAACCCCCACAAGCAAAUCUGUUCCACUGAAAUUACCUGAUUUCACUGUGAAAUUCCAUCACUUUGUGUGACCGGGAAUUUUGAUCAUAGUUUUGGUUUCCCUGCUUCGGUUAAUUAUUACCUUGCCAAAUUAAUGUGGUUCUUUAUUGGCUUAAAGAGAUUAUUUUUUCCCACAAAGCAGCUCUGCCUUUGAGAAACGUUUGCACGAUUAAAACUAUACUUGAUCCACGUGUGCUCAACCCCCCCUUUUGACAAAAUACAUGAAAGACUGAAGGCUUAAGAUUCAUCUCGGUAGUCGUCGUCCUGUCUCGAGCUGCUAGCAUUCUUACUGUUGUAGACGUAUGGCUUUGGCUAUGAGCACACAAGCCAAGGAAGAUGGCGUAUUUCUUCUUUCGUUAUGUUAAGUAGUAUUCUAUUAUAUACUGUAUUAUAUACACCAAAUUUAUGUAGAUCAACAACAUAUAUGAAAAGCAGUUUUAGUCUCUAUUUAUGUACUGAUAAAUAAGAAGAAGCACAAUAUAUGAUAUUCAAUCCUCACUAUCACUAUUUAAGAAAAGAAAAACGUAAAAAACAGGACGAUAUCUAAGGGGUUUCAAAAAGGCAUAAUGUUUUUCAUGACCUGUCUUCAUUUGGCUUCGAGUAGUUUGAUACUAUUUACUAUGAUGUAUAUGUUAUAAACACGGUGGAGAUUUACUGAAAAAGGUACAGGGGUUUUAGACAAGGUGGAUUUGGGACAUUGACGGAUGGAACCGCUUUCAUCUCAGUGCUGGAAACCCUAACCCAGAAUAUUGUCACACUAAAUAUUAAACUCAGUACAUCAGAUAAAACUGGGUACCCAUGAUUUGAGGAGUUCUGUCAUUCAGUCCCAAACAACACAUAACACAGUUAGCAGAGUCAACUUAAUUGCAUCUUUGCUUCCAUUUGAAACAUCGUGGUGAAGGAUGGAAUAGCGGUAAUCAUUAGCCUUCUCCUUAUGAUGAAUGUAUCAACCUAUAGACCAAAUUAUAUGUGUCUUGCUGUCUUUUUUGUUUGUUUGUUUGUUUGUUUGUUUGUUUCGUGUGUAUCUUGUGCCUAUAAGUGUGUGGGUGUAAUUUUCUUCAUGUCUUUGCGUGAUCUGAAACUUCACUUUCGAACAAUGGAAUUCGCCGAGUGCAGCAAAUAUUCAGGAUAAAGUCACUAAAAGUUUAUGUCAAACGACCACAGUCCCGUAUCUAAAAGACUUGUGGCAGUAAGUACUAUACUACGAUGUUUGAUCAACUGCUAAUGCUAGGAAAUUUGCCAGCGAGGUUUUUUUUUUUAGCUAAUGCGGGUUAAUAACAUUUUUCAGGGAAAAACUUAAUUUGACUUGGUAAAGAGUAAAGGAAAAACAACAAUAACUAAAACGAUCGCUUGAUCAGUUAGCUACCAAAUGAUGAGAACAGACACCAAAAUCCUCCAUGUGUCUCCAUGUGCAAUAAAGCAUUGACUUAACAGAGUGUAUGCUAUUUUAGCGUCACGCUACAGUGUUAGCAUGUUGCCUGUUAUCACUAAUCCUAACAUAGCAUGCCAAUAUUUUAAUACAGUGUCACAGAAUAUGCUACAGUGUUAGCAUUACCAUGCAACAUGGUUUGUUAAUGUCAACAGGAAGCAUGGUACUAGCCCCAGGUCUUCUCUCGUCGAUUAUAUUUACCUUCGAGUCGCAAAGCUCAUAUUUGGAAGGAACAAAUCUCUGCCGAUCUUUCAAAAACCGAGAGAAUCCUUUAAUAACACCUACCGCAGUUUUGAAAGGUGUUUCCAGAAUAAUCAAAAUUUCUUCUGUCCAUCUGAAUAAAAAAUUAAUCUGUCCACCACAUACUAUAAAAGAUUUUUAACCCAUUUCGAAAAUCGCGGCUCUAUCCUAAUCUAAGCAAAAACGGUCGCCAGAAACGACAUAUCUCCUUGCUCAUGUAAUUCAACAAAACAAAAAUACAAACGUUAUUGUAUAUGAAACUUUAAAAUGAAGAAAUAUUAAUAUGACAGAUAAUCUAGUGUUUACAUUUUUCGUUCGUGUCAGAAUUGAGCAAGGUAGCAUCUUUGCUUGGAUUAAGAAGUGGAGUCGCAAUUUAGGAUCAGGUAUGGGCCAGACUGAUCCACAUUGAACGCAUCCGAAUGUAACCGAUCCACAUAAACAGCAUUUUUAAUGUGGACAAGAUUCAGUGUCUUUGGUGUAUGCUAAUUUUUUACCAUGACACCUACAAUCAGCAUUACUGUGCGCCAGGUUAAUGUCACACAACAGAUCGUUUUGCCCGCUGCCCCCCAUCAUGGGUCUCAAGGGAGGACAGUGGGAGGCACCAGAGCCAGUGAUGCGUGUUUUUGCUGUAGUUUUUUUUUUUUUUAAUCAUUUAACAGGCAAGCUGAUCAACACCAGUCACCAAAAUCUUGGUGUCACCCUUUGAAAUUGCCACGAAUUAUUAUCACGGCCCUUUUUCAUUGAAGGCUCAUGUGCGUCAUUCAGUUGCUUAUGUCAGUGCCUCUGCGUGUCUGCAUUUAAACUGCAUUUACCUGGGUUUUCUGUAGGACUUGCCUUGCAUGUUAUUAUUAAAUAUGUUUAAUCUUUUUUUUUUUUUUCUAAUAUGAGACAUUACUGUAUGUUAUGUGCUUUACGGCAGGAAAAGACAUGUCCCAAUAUUACAGGCUUUACGGUUAGAGAUGGUGAUCCACUAGGUUUAAUAAAAUGACAACAGCAUAAUUGUUCGUUUUGAGUGAUAUGGCGUUUUGUCUUUUAUUGCCACUGUUUCUAUGUGUUUGUGUCUCUUCGUGUUUCAGUGAGUCUUUCGGCCUUUAUUUCUUCGGUCUUCAAUCUAGCGUUUAUAUUAAAUUUUUAGAUUUCUAAUGAGCACAAAAGAAGAGACGGUUGUCGUUCGGUGUCCCGUUAUUCGCAUAGUGCCAUUUACA